AUGGUGUUCUUCACGGCAACAUUUUGUGUAGUGUUUCAACUAUUUUCUGGACAUAUUUGUGUACCACUACUACUGAAGAGCUGGAGAGGCUGUCACAUGGCCUUGCCCAAAAUAUUGCGAUUGGCUUUUCUUUUUGCAUCAGGUGACAGCAUGUGGCAAUAGAGCAUCGCCCAUGCUCUUUUAUUCAACUCCAGGGCACACACAAUUUGCACAAAGUGUCCAAAUGCCCAAAGUGUCCAAAUGUCAAGACUGCACCUGAUGGUCGAUAUUUUUGGACCUGGCAAGGCUUAUGCUGCUUACACCACGGGCUGAGCUGACCUGGAAUCAAAAAUGAAUUGGGCGUCUUUUUACGCCGUUAUCAGCGGUGUAAAUAGGCAUUCGACAGGCAUUGGUCGCAUCUGGCUCUCUGUCAUCUUUAUCUUUCGCAUUAUGGUUUUGGUAGUGGCUGCUGAAAGUGUUUGGGGCGAUGAGAAGUCUGGCUUCACCUGCAACACCCAGCAGCCUGGUUGCAACAGUGUGUGUUAUGACCAGUUCUUCCCAAUUUCCCAUAUCCGUCUCUGGGCCCUGCAACUGAUUCUUGUCUCAACGCCAGCACUGCUGGUAGCUAUGCAUGUUGCCCAUCGUCGACACAUUGACAAAAAGAUCCUCAAACUAUCAGGACGAGGUGCCACUAAGGAGUUUGAACAGUUAAAAAACCAGAAAUUCAAGAUUACUGGUGCACUUUGGUGGACGUAUAUGAUAAGCAUAAUCUUCCGCAUCAUUUUUGAGGUGGCUUUCUUGUACAUAUUUUAUGUAAUAUACCCUGAUUUUAAAAUGGUGCGUCUUGUAAAAUGUGAUUCUUAUCCCUGCCCUAACACAGUGGACUGCUUUGUUUCUCGUCCAACAGAGAAGACCAUCUUUACGGUUUUUAUGCUGGUGGUAUCUGGAGUUUGUGUUUUGCUAAACAUCGCAGAGGUGCUGUAUUUGGUAGGAAGAGCAUGUGUCCGUUACUUUCGGAAACCAGAAGGGGAUCCACAGGGACCUUGGCUCACUCAAAUGCUGUCCCCGUACAAGCAAAAUGAAAUCAAUCAGCUCAUAUCGGAGCAUUCUUUUAAGCCAAGAUUGAAUUUAACUAGAAAGAGCCCUACUGACAAGGGCGAGAGAUGUUCUGCUUUUUAGCUGCUACAAAUUGGGAGGUUUCACUAAUCAGUGGUAACUAACUCGGAUCUUUAGUAAUCAAGUUUCAUAUUUAUUCAUUUAUUAUGUUAAUCUACACAAAAAUGUUGGAUUUAUGCAAUUUUAAAGAGUUUUUUUUAUGAUAAAAGGCAACAUUUGCAUAUAUUGUCCAAAUCCUUCAACUUAGAACGUGGGGGUCCAGGCAACAGAAGAACUACUGUUGAUUCAAUUUAUUGUCUUCCCCAGGAUAUUUUUAGUUGUUUGUGUGGGUGAUUCUGUAAAAUGUUAUGUUUAAUAUGUAAAAGCACCCACAUGCAUUAAAUGUUAUGUUAAUGCUUGAAAUACAGUAAAAUUAAGAAGCAAUCUAGCCCAAAUUAAGUUUUAAAUAUUAUAAUAGGUAUAUAUAUAAAUGUAAUGUAAAUUUUAUUAUGUGAAGUAAAGUUUAAUGAUAUUGCAUAAACUGCAAGGCUAUUGUAUUUGUUCAGUGUUUGCAUAAUGUAACUUGAUGUUCAGAGAUUUCCUAUUUUGUAGAUUAAUAUCCUGGCACAACAGGACUAUUAAUAGGAUUUUGCUUACUGCCUUUUUCUGCAGUCAAAUAAAUAAAACAUAAAAACAU